AUGAUUAAUUAUUUUAAACUUCCAGAAACUACCAAAGCGAAGAAAUUACUACCUAAAGUGAAAAUUGGGCCAGAAAUCAUCAAAAUUGGGCCAGAAAUCAUCAAAGCGAAGGUUGGGCCAGAAAUCAUCAAAGCAAAGGCCAGAAAUCAUCAAAGUGAAGAAAUCACCAAAGCAAAAACUGGAAAUUAUCAAAGUGAAGAUAAAAAUCAUCAAAGUGAAGUUGGGCCAGAAACCACCAAAGUGAAGAAAUCACUACCUAAAGUGAAG